UCAAGGCAAUUUGAAACCGUUUGAAAAAUGUUUAUUCUUCCAACUCAGACAUGAUCUAUCCUAAUAGAUCUACCUCACUGAUCUUCCUAAAUAUUAUAUUUUUGAUUUGGGCGGAUUCGAUAGUUCAUAGUGUUGAGCCAUGUUCUGCAACGGGCAAUUCCACAGCAACUGUAGUGAUGGAGUCCGCCAGUCUAAUAACAAAAAAUAUCUCCACGGACAAUUUAGAGAAGAAAAAGAGUGAGGCAUCCUCUGAUUCUCAACCUAAACUAUUAAGGGAAGAAAAACACUAUAUGUGUCGGAAAUUGCAGAAUUCUCUAAUUGAAUAUGCAAGAAGUACUAAGAAGAUGAUACGGAACAUGAUGGAUGAUCACCAGUCAUCUCUAGAUUAUCUCUCCAAUCAGAUUAAUGAACUUAUGAGCCGAGUUAUGCAAUUAAAUGCAGACAUGUCCAGAAAACCAAUUGAUGUAUUUCCCCAUCGAGCAGUCCAGUCUCAUGGUUUAGAUUGCAGUGAUAUUAAAGAUACCAUUGGAUCAGUUACAAAAACUCCAAGCGGUUUAUAUAUAAUCCACCCAGAAGGAGCAAGUUAUCCAUUUGAGGUUUUGUGUGAAAUGGACUUUAGAGGAGGAGGAUGGACAGUGAUUCAGAAGAGAACGGAAGGAACAGUUGAGUUUCAAAGGACAUGGUCUGAAUAUUUGGAUGGAUUUGGCGACCUUUCAGGGGAAUUUUGGCUUGGCCUCCGAAAGAUUUUCCACAUAGCAAACCAGAAAGCAACCAGUUUCAUGCUUUACAUAGACUUGGAGUCUGAAGAUGACAUGUACGCGUACGCAUCGUAUGACAGUUUUUGGCUAGAGGACGAACUGUGCUCCUUCAAAAUACAUCUAGGACGUUAUUCUGGAAAUGCUGGUGAUGCAUUUCGGGGAAAUAGAAAAGAAGAUAACCAGGAUACAUUACCUUUCAGUACCUUUGAUGUGGAUAACGAUGGCUGCAAUCCAGCCUGCUCUCUUCAAGAACCACCUAUCAAGAGCUGCAGUAACUUUAGUGAGAACACAGGCUGGUGGUUUAACCAAUGUGGUCUCGCAAAUCUUAAUGGUGUCCACCGAUUCACAAGGAAGUUGCUGGUAUCAGGUAUCCGGUGGGACACCUGGAAGGUUGAGAACAAGCCAGUCAAAAUUAAAUCUGUGUCAAUGAAAAUCAGAAGAACAUAUUUCAGAUAAGAGGAUACGUCUUUAACAUUCAGAAAUUAGGCUGUCUAAUAGCACUUCUCACUCUAAUAUGCAUAACAUUUUAGUCAGGGGUGGGAUUGAAAAAUGUUAGCGAUUGAUUCUCUGCCCGGUUGCUGAGUGGGUGUGGCCAUGGUGGGCAUGGCCUUUUCAGCCGUCUGUACCAUGGUGGGGGGAGAGUGUUUUCACCCUCCCAGAUUCUGGAUGCUUUCUUUGAGCCUCCAGGAGGGAGAAAAUGGGCCCCCGGGCUCC